AUGCCAUUCAACUCAUUUUUGUGGGAAGGGUUCCAGUGCUCCAGAAAUUGGUAUCAUUGGGGACCAAACUAUUAUUGCAUGCGUUGCGAUGGGAUAUUCUGCAGCAAUUGCUGGAACAAGAAAAAGAAGCACCAAACGCCAAACUUAGGCCAUGCUCAGACCGUUCCGGACGACGCCAUACUUGUGCAUUCCACGCUCAAAGUUAGACUCGACGAGUGGCCUCUUUUAGAAGAGGCAAUAAAACGUUCCCAAGCCCCCGGGCUGUGCCAUUUUGAUAACGACAGCAGCGAGUGGUUUGGCGUUAGGCCCAAGAACGAAGCUGGAGACUGCUCGCUGGUCGAGGGCCGUGCAUAUGACCUGAUGGUGGACUCGUUCUUGGCGUCCGCGUCUGAUGUUUGCCCGAGGCUGGCCUCCUUUGUUGGUGAAACGGGGUCGGGAAAGAGCACGUUGAUCAACCUGUUGUCCAAGUUUUCUGGCACUUCGUCUGCGAAUCAGUUCAAGACUCCGGCCGUGGGUGACUCAGGAUCCCUCCAGCCAACCUCGUGGAACGUCCACCUCUACGCCGACCCCCAAACAUUCCGGACCCAAAGCCCUAUUCUGUAUGCCGAGUGCGAGGGAAUGGAUGGAGAUGAAAUUCCUCCCGAGAUGAAAAAACCUAUGGCUGGUGCUUCAGCUUCCAGCGAUCCUCUGCCACACGCCUCCCAAAUUCCCAAGCUCGAUUCGCACGACAUCAUCUGGAGCAAGAUGCCCAGGAACGCUGGCGCCUGGACUAGAAAAGAGAUUAUAAGGAUUCUAUUCCCCAGGAUUCUCUACAUUUUUUCGGGUGUGGUUGUCUUUCCGUUCAGCAGAAUUCGGGUUGAUGACACACUUUUCCAGUUAGUGAAAUGGGGGCACAGCGCCACGAUGCAGUCGUACAACAAGCCAAAUCUGCCAGGUGCUAUCAUUGUCUUUAUUGACCAAGAUGAUCAAGUCGACCUUGACGAAUACGACCUCAAUGCCGCGACAGAAUGGUUUUUCGGACAGCGUUAUCUCCAUGAUAUUUCUAAGAACAAGACACUGCAACCUUAUAUCCAGUACUGGGAGGCCAAUGGGCAUCGCAUUGCUUCGGCAAACGAUCUUCUCCGUUGUUACUAUAUCUCGGUUAGUGUUGUGCACCUUCCCAGCGGCCAACACCCAACGCCAAUGCGCCAGCAAAUAAAGAAACUCUAUGGUAGAAUCAGUGAAGUGUGUCUAAAGCCGCGAAUGUACCCCUAUUGGAAGUGGAAUGCCGCCACUCUCCCCCUCUUUGUCCGCAAGGCGUUGACACAUUUUGCAUCCAAGUACGAAACACCAUUCAACUUUUCUGAUGCCUGGGUUGAUCUUCAGAAUGUCUCGCCUGACUUCAAUUGGUCAAUAUUCAACCUUGCGAGAAUGGCCCGAGGGCAUCGAGAUCUAUCCCACGCUGGUAUCGACCUCUGGUAUAGGAUGAGCGGCUUUGUUGCCUCUUGUCUCUUCCUCAGCUGUGUGAGAGCAAAACAGGCCGACUGCAGAGUCACAGAGGAGGUCUGGAUACAAUGA